ACAUCGGUAAAGACAGCCGACAACAAGCCAUCGGAUGUGACCCUUUGAUGAAAUGGACACUGUGCUGGCAGUUAGAUACCUCGGAUAAACAGUCACUACUAAACAAAGCCUUUAUAAUAUCCCUCUGCGGUUAACUAAACUAUAAUCGUGUUUAUAUCGUCUUAACAUGCCGAGUAAUAAGCUCGAGAAACCUGACAAACAGGAGGUCAGUGACAAUGUAAAGGUGGUGGUGAGAUGUCGCCCCCUCAAUCAGAAAGAGAAGAUGAUGGGCCACAAACAGGCCGUCAGUGUGGACGAGAUCCGUGGGACCAUCACAGUUAACAAACUGGAGACUCCCCAAGAGCCUCCCAAGACCUUCACCUUUGACACAGUGUUUGGGCCAGACAGCAAACAGCUGGACGUGUACAACCUCACAGCCCGCCCCAUCGUCGAUUCAGUAUUAGAGGGAUACAAUGGCACAAUUUUUGCAUAUGGGCAAACUGGCACAGGAAAAACAUUCACUAUGGAAGGUGUGAGAGCAGUGCCAGAACUGAGGGGGAUAAUCCCAAAUUCUUUUGCUCAUAUUUUUGGUCACAUUGCUAAGGCAGAGGGUGACACCAGGUUUUUGGUUCGUGUUUCGUACCUUGAGAUUUACAAUGAAGAAGUGCGGGACUUGUUGGGCAAGGACCAGAUGCAAAGGCUUGAGGUGAAAGAAAGACCAGAUGUUGGCGUAUAUAUUAAAGAUCUCUCUGGAUAUGUUGUGAAUAAUGCUGAUGACAUGGACAGGAUAAUGACCCUCGGCCACAAAAACCGGUCUGUUGGUGCCACCAAUAUGAAUGAACACAGCUCCCGCUCUCAUGCAAUCUUCACCAUUACUAUUGAGUGCAGUGAGAAAGGUGUUGAUGGAAAUCAGCAUGUGCGAAUGGGAAAGCUUCAUCUGGUUGAUCUUGCUGGUUCAGAGAGACAGGGUAAGACUGGAGCCACAGGCCAGAGGUUAAAGGAAGCCACCAAAAUAAAUCUCUCUCUAUCCACACUGGGCAAUGUCAUCUCUGCUCUGGUGGAUGGCAAGAGCACACAUGUGCCCUACAGGAACUCCAAACUAACUCGCCUGCUGCAGGAUUCACUUGGAGGCAACUCCAAGACCAUGAUGUGUGCAAAUAUAGGCCCUGCAGACUACAACUAUGAUGAGACCAUCAGCACCCUUCGCUAUGCCAAUAGGGCUAAAAAUAUCAAGAACAAAGCCCGGAUCAAUGAGGACCCAAAGGAUGCUCUGCUUCGCCAGUUUCAGAAAGAGAUAGAGGAGCUGAAGAAGAAGCUAGAGGAGGGUGAGGAGAUCUCUGGCUCAGAGGGCAGUGGAUCAGAAGAGAUGGAUGAGGGUGAUGAUGAAGGAGGGGAAGCAGGAGAAAGCCGUAGGAGAAGAAGAGAUAGUAGCAGCAGCAGCAGCAGCAAUAGUUCAGAGUUUACCCGCUCCUCUUUAGUACCAUUGCUCACUGAGGAUAAACCUCAGACUAAAGAAAGAGGGAAGAAGAAGGUUUCCCCAGACAAGAUGGUGGAGAUGCAGGCAAAGAUUGAAGAAGAAAGAAAGGCCCUGGAGGCUAAGCUUGACAUGGAGGAGGAGGAGAGGAACAAGGCGAGAGCAGAGCUGGAGAAGAGAGAAAAGGACCUGCUCAAAGCCCAGCAGGAGCAUCACAUUCUGCUGGAGAAACUGUCAGCCUUAGAGAAGAAGGUGAUCGUGGGUGGGGUAGACCUUUUGGCCAAAGCAGAGGAGCAGGAGAAGCUCCUGCAGGAGUCCAACAGUGAGCUGGAGGAACGUCGCAGAAGGGCAGAACAGCUGCGGAAGGAGCUAGAGGAGAAAGAGCAAGAACGUUUGGACAUUGAGGAGAAGUACACAAGCCUGCAGGAGGAAGCUCAAGGGAAAACAAAGAAGCUCAAGAAAGUGUGGACCAUGCUGAUGGCUGCCAAAUCUGAGAUGGCAGAUUUACAGCAAGAGCAUCACAGAGAGAUAGAGGGACUCCUGGAGAACAUUCGCCAGCUGAGCCGAGAAUUGCGGCUCCAGAUGCUCAUCAUAGACAACUUUAUUCCUCAGGAAUACCAGGAGAUGAUAGAAAAUUAUGUGCACUGGAAUGAAGACAUUGGAGAAUGGCAGCUGAAAUGUGUGGCGUACACUGGCAACAACAUGAGAAAACAGACUCCUGCACCAGACAAAAAAGAAAAAGAUCCAUUUGAGGUGGAUCUGUCCCAUGUGUAUCUGGCCUACACAGAGGAGAGCAUGCGGCAGUCAUUGAUGAAACUUGAGAGGCCCAGGACCUCAAAGAGUAGCAAGAGUGGACGUCCCAAAACUGGACGAAGGAAAAGAUCAGCAAAACCUGAUGCUGUAAUCGAAUCCCUUCUGCAGUGAAGACAUUUCAACCUUCAUGUUAGUCAAGUCGUCCAGUCUGGAGAAUUUACUGUCGAACAUUAUUUAAAAGAUUAUCUGAAUACACUGUAUAGUUGACAAUGUUUUAAAUGUGAAGGUAAGAUUUGCUUGGGGACGACCCAUGGGUUCGUGUAAGCCCUCUUGGACAAGAGGAUCUUUUAUCUGUAUGAUACUGUAAGACUUAGUGAGGAUGUCUCAAUGCACCACUAACAUUCAGGACAUAAUCUGCCAUGAACCAAAUUCACCUGCAACAUCCAGAAAAAGUUUAGUUAGAAUAUUAAAAAAAACAGAAGUGGAAAUGAAUUUGAGACGAGAUUAAAUCUGUAUAAAUUUGUUUAUUUCACAAGCCAGUGGUUCAUGACGGACACCACAAUAAUCAAGUCUUAGCGUCUAAUACAUGUGACUGAAAAGUGCGCUUUAUUCUUUUUCCAUAUAGGUCAGAUGCAUAGGGUCAUGCAUGCCAGACAGCCCCUAUUUUAGUGCCAUUUGCUAAUCUAAACAAAUCAUCUUUUUAUUUUUUAAAUGUCAGAGCACUCUGUGAUGUACUGAAAUACACAAUACAUACUUUAUGCCUUAGUAUAAUGCACUAGUAUGAGAUUUUUGUGGAGCUAAUUUAACUUAUGUUCAGUAGUUGACAUAAACUGACUUUUCUUUUGUAUCAAAAUGUAUGUCAAAUGUUUACAUACACCAAACAGUGGAUAUUUUAUUUAUUAAAUUAUUUUAAUGUUUUAUCCCACACUGUUGUUUCAUUAUUAAAUUUGUGUUAUUGCAAUCAA